ACAAAGAUCAGUACAAGGACAUCAUGAUGGAGGAUCACCGGCCCCUCACACCACCAGGUAAGGAAGAGAGAAGAUCACUGGAGAGAUAUCCCAGUCCGUUUCUUCCACAGGAUGGUUCAGAAGAACAUCAUAAUAUCCCAAAGGAUGAUCAGCUUCUGAAUCCAGGUGAAGAUCUGAACAUUAUAUAUGUUACAGAGACAUAUGUGAGGGGUGAUGAGCGGAGUAUAGAGGACAUUCCUACAGAUAACCGCCCAGAUGACUGUACCAGGAACUCAGAGAGACAUCUGCUAUCUUCAGAUUUUAAAGUAGAUGUUUGUGAUAUCACAUCUGAUCCUUUUCAUCUGAUAUCAUCUGAUCCUUUUCAUCUGAUAUCAUCUGAUCCUUUUCAUCUGAUAUCAUCUGAUCCUUUUAAACAGGUUCAAUCUUCUGAUUCAUCACAGAGUGUAACACAUAGUCACAGAUGGGGUGAACGUCAAAUAGCUCACAUAAGGGAGAAGCCCUUUUCAUGUUUAGAAUGUAACAGAUAUUUUAGCUAUGAAUCAGAACUUAUUACACAUCAGAGAAUUCACACAGGGGAAAAGCCAUUUUCAUGUUCAGAAUGUGGUAAAUGUUUUGCCCUUAAAUCAGAUCUUGGUAGACAUAAAAGAAUUCACACAGGGGAGAAACCAUUUUCAUGUUCAGAAUGUGGUAAAUGUUUUAACCAUAAAUCAGAUUGUGUUAAACAUGAGCGAAUCCACACAGGGGAGAGGCCACAUUCAUGUUCAGAUUGUGGGAAAUGUUUUAAUGAUAAAUCGGAUCUUGUUAAACAUGAGCUAAUUCACACAGGUGAGAAGCCAUUUUCAUGUUCAGAAUGUGAAAAAUGUUUUGCUGUAAAAAAAUAUCUCGUGAGGCAUCAGAGAAUUCAUACAGGUGAGAAGCCAUAUUCAUGCUCAGAAUGUGGGAAAUGUUUUGGUAUAAAAAAAGAUCUUGUUGGGCAUCAGAGAAUUCACACUGGAAAGAAGCCAUAUUCAUGUUCAGAAUGUGGGAAAUGUUUUGCUGUAAAAAAAGAUCUUGCUAAGCAUCAGAGAAUUCACACAGGUGAAAAGCCAUAUUCAUGCUCAGAAUGUGGGAAAUGUUUCACUGUUAAAAAAGAUCUUGUUGGACAUCAUAGAAUUCACACAGGGGAGAAGCCAUAUUCAUGCUCAGAGUGUGGGAAAUGCUUUGCCCUCCAAAGCAAUCUUCUUGUACAUCAACGAAAUCACACAGGAGAGAAACCAUUUUCAUGUUCAGAAUGUGGGAGAUGUUUUAACCACAAAUCAGAUGUUGUUAGACAUCAGAAAAUUCACACAGGGGUGAAGCCAUUUUCCUGUUCAGAAUGUGGGAAAUGUUUUAACCAUAAAUCGGAUCUUGUUAGACAUCAGAAAAUUCACAAAAGGGAGAAGCCAUUUUCCUGUCCAGGAGUGAAUUCCCCCAAAUGCAUUCGCUCAUCAUCAGACAUGAGCUCAAGUGCCUCCCUACCCAAAAUGUCGGAAGAGGCUGCCUCCCCAUAUGAUAAAGAUCUGUACAAGGACAUUAUGAUGGAGGAUCACCGGCCUCUCACAUCACCAGGUAAGGAAGAGAGAAGAACACAGGACAGGUGUCCCAGUCCUCUACUUCCACAAUAUGGUUCAGAAGAACAUCACAAUGUCCCACAGGAUGAUCAGCUUGUGAGUCCGGGUGAAGAUCUGAACAAUAUUAAUCCUACAGAGACUUAUGUGAGGGGCGAUGAGCAGAAUAUAGAGGACAUUCCUACAGAUAACCGCCCAGAUGACAGUACAAGGAACUCAGAGGAACAUCUGAUAUCUUCUGAUUUUAAAGUAGAUGAUUGUGGUGUCACAAGAGAUACAUAUGAAGAACAUAUCAAUAUUCAAGAUAUACCCUCAUCCAUUCAAAGCAAAUAUUUAGCAUCUAAUCCCUUUAAACAUGCUAGAUUUUCUGAUUCAUCACAGACUGUAACAAAAAUGAACAGAAGAGAUGAACAUCAAACAGCUCAUAUAAGAGAGAAACAAUUUUCUUGUUCAGAAUGUGGGAGAUGUUUUAACCAGAAAUCAGAUCUUGGUAGACAUCAGAGAAUUCACACAGGGGAGAAGCCAUUUUCAUGUUCAGAAUGUGGAAAAUGUUUUCAUCGGAAAUCAUAUCUUGUUGCACAUCUGAGAAUUCACACAGGGGAAAAGCCAUUUUCAUGUUCAGAAUGCGGAAAAUUGUUUACCCAGAAGUCAUCUCUUAUUAUGCAUCAGAAAAACCACACAGGGGAGAAGUCAUAUUCGUGUUUAGAAUGUGGAAAAUGUUUUCAACGGAAAUCCCAUCUUGUUACACAUCAGAAAAUUCACACAGGGCAAAAGCCAUUUUUGUGUUCAGAAUGUGGGAAAUGUUUUGCUUUAAAAAGAUAUCUUUUUAGGCAUCGGAAAAUUCACACAGGAGAAAAGCCAUAUUCAUGCUCUGAAUGUGGGAAAUGUUUUGCUGUAAAAGAAAAUCUCGUUGGGCAUCAGACAAUUCAUACUGGAAACAAGCCAUAUUUAUGUUCAGAAUGUGGGAAAUGUUUUGCGGCUAGAAAAGAACUUGUUAAGCAUCAGAGAAUUCACACAGGAGAAAAGCCAUAUUCAUGUUCUGAAUGUUGGAAACGUUUUUCUGUUAAAAACGAUCUUGUUGGGCAUCAGAGAGUUCACACAGGGGAGAAGCCAUAUUCAUGUUCAGAAUGUGGGAAAUGCUUUGCCCUCAAAGGCAAUCUUCUUGUACAUCAACGAAAUCACACAGGAGCGAAGCCGCUUUUAUGUUCAGAAUGUGGGAAAGGUUUUAACCAUAAAUCAGAUCUUGUUGUACAUCAGAGAAUUCACACAGUGGAGAAGCCAUUUUCCUGUUCAGAGUGUGGAAGAUGUUUUAACCAUAAAUCAGCUCUUGUUAGACAUCAGAGAACUCACACAGGAGAGAAGUCGUUUUCAUGUUCAGUAUGUAGGAAAAGUUUUAACUAUAGAUCAGCUCUUGUUAGACAUCAGAAAAUUCACACAAGAGAGAAACCAUUUUCCUGUUCAUAGUGACCAUCAAAAAAAAUCACACAGGGGAGCCAUAUUCAUGCUCAGAAUGUGGGGAGAAGGUGUUUUAAGUUCAGAAUGUGGGAAAUGUAUUACUGGGGAAAAAAUUAUUUUCCCUACAGAAGAAAAAGUAUG